AUGUCGGGCUUCAGCGCCGACCCGAACCAGCAGGCGCAGAAGCAGGAGCAGGACGCGCAAAAGGCCCAGAUCCUCAAGCAGAUCCUCACGCCCGAGGCUCUGGAGCGCCUCGGCCGCGUGAAGAUCGUCAAGACGGCCAAGGCCGAGGCGCUGGAGAUGAAGCUCAUCCAGAUGGCCAUGAAGGGCGAGAUCCAGAAGCAGGUCACCGAGGACGUCCUCAUCAACAUGCUCGAGACGGCCGGCGCCGAGGACCGCGAGAAGUCCAAGGUCAAGUUCGACCGACGGAGGGUCGUCUGCGACUCCGACGACUCCGACGACAACGACGACGACCUCAUGUGA